CUCAGGGGUCCUCACUGCCCUGAGCCUCCGCCUGAUCACAACCCACCGGAGAACAUCUCGACUUUCACCGGAGAACAAGCGGAGAACAAGCGGAGAACAUCUCGACCCUCAGCAGAACCUCCGGGACUCGAGAGGCUGCUGGAGGAAUGAUGGGCGGCCGGUCGAGUGCGUUAGCUGCGGGGCUGUGCGGGGCUCUGUUCCUCGGGUACUGUGUCUACUUCGACAGGAAGAGACGGAGCGACCCGGAGUUCAGGAACCGGCUGCGGGAGCGCAGGAGGAAGCAGAAGGCAGUGAAGGAGAGCGCAGGUCAAGCAAAGCUCCCGGACCUGAAGGACGCUGAGGCGGUGCAGAAGUUCUUCCUGGAGGAGAUCCAGCUGGGGGAGGAGCUGCUGGCUCAGGGAGACUAUGAGAAAGGUGUGGACCACCUGACCAACGCCAUCGCAGUGUGUGGUCAGCCUCAGCAGCUGCUGCAGGUCCUGCAGCAGACUCUGCCGCCGCCCGUCUUUCAGAUGCUGCUCACCAAACUGCCCAGCAUCAGCCAGCGUAUCGUGAGCGCACAGAGUCUGAGUGAGGAUGAUAUAGAAUGAGGAGAAGGCUGAGAGGAAACGACCCCCCCGCCCAACCAUCACCCAUCCUCCUCCUCCUCACCUGGACCUCCUCGUUACAUCAUGACCGUCCAACGCCUGCGUCACUCAGGCCGUCACUUCCCACCACGGCGUCCUAAGGGAACUCCUUUUUAUUCCUGGUUUGUCCGUGACAGUUUUGUUAGGUUUUGUUUUUUUAAUGGAAAUUACCCGUUUUGGGGUAAAAUAUCCCCGUCAGAAAACUUUUAACAAGCUCCAACAUUAACUGUACAUGUGCUGACUAACUGGCCCGGGUCUUUGUUUCCAACCGCAAUCAGCUGCUGACGGCCUCGUACACCAGGUGGCGCUGUCACACGUUAUUCAUGAUGUCAGUCGUAGAAACAUCGUCUCCUCUGCUUCUCAGUAUUUAUUGUUCUGUUAUCAUCUGUCUGAUGCAAACACUUUUUACAAAGUGAUGAAAUGUUUUGUUCGUGUUAAAGACGAUGAACCUCUUUAGAGAAAUAAAAUAAAAAGCUGAACAAACA